AUGGAGCGAGGGGGCAGCGGGCAGGAAGAGGCCUCCCGGAGGGGCAGCAGCAGAGGAAGGGGCAGCGGGAGCUCCGCGGGUAGGACUCCCCCGGGUCGGACUCCUCCGGGGUGGGAGAUGGAAGAGAAGUCGGCGGGAGGGACUAACGCCCCGGCCCCGGCUCCUGCCCCUGCCCUCGGGCCGGGACGCGGUAGCGUACGGAGGGCCGGCGGCUCUCCGGAGCGGCCCCGGGCUGGCGAGGCCGACCUUGGCCUGGGAUCGAGCUUCAUGCAGCGGCAACUGGGCUCUCUGCUACAGCCCGGGGUCAACAAGUUCUCCCUCCGCAUGUUCGGCAGCCAUAAGGCGGUGGAGAUGGAGCAGCAGAGGGUACAGUCUGCGGGAGGCUGGGUGAUUCACCCCUACAGCGACUUCAGGUUUUACUGGGAUCUGGCCAUGCUGCUGCUGAUGGUGGGUAACCUGAUCAUCCUGCCAGUGGGAAUCACCUUCUUCAAAGACGAGAACACCCCUCCCUGGAUCGUCUUCAACGUGGUGUCAGACACCUUCUUCCUCAUUGACCUGGUGCUUAACUUCAGGACGGGCAUCGUGGUGGAGGACAACACGGAGAUCAUCCUGGACCCUCACACCAUCAAGAUGAAGUAUCUAAAGAGCUGGUUCUUGGUGGACUUUGUCUCCUCCAUCCCUGUCGACUACGUCUUCCUCAUCGUGGACCUGGAGACUAGGGUGGACUCCGAGGUUUACAAGACGGCCAGGGCACUGAGGAUCGUGAGAUUCGCCAAGAUCCUCAGUUUACUCCGGCUCCUGCGCCUUUCCCGUCUAAUACGAUACAUACAUCAGUGGGAGGAGAUUUUCCACAUGACCUACGACCUCGCCAGUGCAGUGGUGAGGAUUGUCAACCUCAUCGGGAUGAUGCUCUUGCUGUGCCACUGGGAUGGCUGCCUCCAAUUCCUCGUUCCCAUGCUCCAGGACUUUCCAGAGGAUUGCUGGGUCUCCAUCAACCGCAUGGUGAACGACUCAUGGGGGAAGCAGUACUCGCACGCCCUCUUCAAGGCCAUGAGCCACAUGCUGUGCAUCGGCUAUGGGCAGCAGGCCCCGCAGGGCAUGACGGACGUCUGGCUCACCAUGCUCAGCAUGAUCGUGGGAGCCACCUGCUACGCCAUGUUCAUCGGCCACGCCACCGCACUCAUCCAGUCCCUCGACUCGUCUCGGAGGCAGUACCAGGAGAAGUACAAGCAGGUGGAGCAGUACAUGUCCUUCCACAAGCUGCCCGCCGACAUGCGGCAGAGGAUACACGAAUACUACGAGCAUCGCUACCAGGGCAAGAUGUUCGACGAGGAGAACAUCCUGGGCGAGCUCAGCGUGCCUCUGCGUGAGGAGAUUGUGAACUUCAACUGCCGGAACCUGGUAGCCACCAUGCCGCUCUUCGCCAACGCUGACCCCAACUUUGUGACGGCCAUGUUGACCAAGCUGCGUUUCGAGGUGUUUCAGCCGGCUGACUACAUAGUGCGGGAGGGGACGGUGGGCAAGAAGAUGUACUUUAUCCAGCAUGGAAUAGUCAGCAUUCUCACCAAGGGAAGCAAGGAGACCAAACUCUCAGAUGGCUCCUACUUCGGAGAGAUCUGCCUGCUGACCCGUGGCCGGAGAACGGCCAGUGUGCGUGCAGACACCUACUGCAGGCUCUACUCGCUAUCUGUCGAUCACUUCAAUGAGGUGUUAGAGGAGUACCCCAUGAUGAGGCGAGCCUUCGAGACCGUAGCCAUGGAUCGGCUCAACAGGAUAGGCAAGAAGAACUCGGUGCUGCUGCGCAAGGGAGCAGAAGGCUCCAACUCGGGCUCCAUCAACCACCGGGACAAUGAGAUCAUCCAGCAGAUUGUCAAGCACGACCGGGACAUGGCGCAUAGCAUGCAGGAGCGCCAGCUGAUGAAUGCGGCGCAGGAGCUGCGCGGCAAACCGCUCAUCUGGGCGCCACUGGUGCAUGCCCCACUUCAAACGGCCGCUGCCACCACCUCGGUCGCCAUUGCCCUCACCCACCAGCACAACCUGCCCGCAGCCAUCUUCCUACCCCCGGCCCCGCUCCCCGUUGACAGUGCACAGCCCAAGCAAGCUCGCCGGCCCCCGCAGCAGGCUUCGGCAGGCGCCUCCCGGGCACAGACCCCGUCAGCAGGCUCCCCAGGGCCCGACGUCCCAAAGGCCCGGCAGCCACGAGCCCCCUCGGGCUCGGCCUCAUUGCUGCAACAGGUGGGGGGCAGCAGCCCGGCCCACAGCCCCCUCUCUGCCAAAACCUUCCACUAUAGCCUGUCCAGGGUGGCCGGUGUCCCCGGGCAGCCUCCAGCCGCUUCGCCCAGCCUCACUGCCCAGCAACCGGGCCAAAGGACUGGAGGCCAGGGCCUGAGCCAGGGGGCCCGACCCCUUUCUGCUUCCCAGCCUGCCCUGCCUCACAAGGCCUCCUCACUCCCAGCCGACCGGGAGCCAACUCCCUUGGCCCGCAAGUCGGCGGGCAACAUUGCCCAGCUCUCUUCUGCCUCCGUCUCUGCCCUGCUGGGCCGUGUUGGUGGCCCAGGGGCCCGUGGCGGGCCGACGGUCAAAGAAUCAGGACCGGGUCGGAAAGGCUCGGUUACCUUCAGCUCCGAGCCCGACGCGGAGAUCCCCAAACUGCCAUCCAACAUGUAG